AUGAAGAUCUUCCAGGCCUUGAUUCUCGGCAUGGCUACUGUCGCCGGCACCGUGAGUGCCGAUGCCGACGUGACUGAUGUGACUCACCGUGUGUACUUCGACAUCAGCAUCGGUGGAACGGAGGCUGGCCGCAUCACGAUGGGACUGUUCGGUAACGCCGUACCCAAGACGGUCGAGAACUUUAGGCAACUGUGUACCGGGGAGGCCGGGCCUGGAAAGGUGUACCGAAAGCCGCUGCACUACAAGGGCUCUGCUUUCCACCGCGUCAUCCCGCAGUUCAUGCUCCAGGGCGGCGACUUCACCCACGGAACUGGUACGGGUGGCGAGUCUAUCUACGGCGGAAAGUUUGACGACGAAGCGUUUCCCCCUGAGCUGAUCCACGACAAGCCUGGAGUUCUGUCGAUGGCCAACUCGGGUAAGGACACGAACGGGUCGCAGUUCUUCAUCUGCACCGUGCCUACUCCGUGGUUGAACGGCAAGCACGUCAUCUUCGGACAGGUGGAGGAAGAGAGCAUGGAACUCGUGUCCAGAAUCGAGAAGCUCGGCAGCCGAAGCGGAGCUCUCUCGGAAAAGGUGGAGAUCACCGACUCCGGAGAGCUCGUGUAGAAGAGCGGAGCAGAGCAUCGCACAGCACCGUGUGCGCUAACGCUAGCAUGAUGCUUCACGGAAGGGGGGGGGGGCAAUUACAGUGCUGUAGCGUUAGGUUAGGGUUGUAUUGGCUGGUCGCCCUUACCUCAAGAUGUCCAGCUGUGCAGGGAGGUAUUACUGAAGUGGUGGCAGGUGUCAAGUGGAGUUGGAAUGUUCGGGGUUGUUGCUCUCCACGUUCAGCAACAUGCGAUUCCAGGACGCGAUUCCAGGAUGAGGCUACGAUUACUACAGGCGGUCCUGCUGUUUGUGUAACAUUUGAGAAGUGUGCGUUAAUGUUUGUGGUUUUGAUGCCAACGUGUCGCCAACAACAGCAGCCUCCGGGUGUGCUGUUACUGCGGGUAUCGUAUGAUGAGUGUUGGUGUAACCACGAUCUAGUUAUAGUGUAAACUGUUGAACCCUUUUAGGGUGGACACACCGGGGUGUCUGUC